AUGGACUCGCAUAACGAAGACGCAGUUAGUCCAGCCUUUCUCUAUCCGUUGUGUGGCCCCGUCUUAAAAACAAAGCAUAUCCAGGCCGCCAGGCAAGCAGGUGAGGAGCCAGCGGCAGAAGCGAGUUUUCUGCAGCACACGCUUCAUCUCGAGGACAGCCAUAUCGCUGCAGCGACGGAAGCCGUAGCGUCCGCUGGGGUGGAGACCUUCUCCCUCUUCGUGAAAUUCCACAAGGUGGCCGGGAGUACCUGGCGACAAUACGUGGAUGAAAUCACGGGGGAGGGUUCGCUUUGCAGCGGAGACUGUGGCUUUCCAGGUUGGCCCUGCUACCAAUCCUCUCGGAGCAAGCUCGAAUAUGAGCUCUGCCCCAGACCAAAGUCGUCGUGGUGCCCUAAGCGCCCAAAGACCUGCACUUUCCAUGGCAGCCUGGGUGUGAUUUACCAGGCCAUCGAUGGCCAGAAUCUGACAGUGGCGAACUCUUCCGACCUGGCCGGGGUUCGCAACCUGUGGCCAGACAGCAAGCGCUUCUGGCUCCUCCAUCGUGUGGAGUGGGCUCGAAAAUGGCUACCUCAGAACAUGUUCAACCUCCAGAGAAGUCGGAUCCUGAUCACAACCGUCCUCCGCGAUCCAGUGGAAAGGAUCCGCUCCUAUUACUACUACCAGAAUCCGAGGGGGAUCAGCCACGAACAGUUCCUGGCGUUCCUCAAUUUCCGCAGAGACUACGUGGCGGGCAACUGGACCAUAGAGGGCUUUGAGACGCAAGCGGCCACCCCAAAAGGUGCGAGCACGUUUUCAAUCCUCCAUCGCUCCUGCUGCGAAUACGAGACCUGGCUGGGGCAUGGCUCAGUCGAGAAGGCGAAAAUCACGCUUGCCACGCAGUUUGACCUCGUUGGCAUUACCGAGCGCAUGAGCGAGUCUCUCGUCAGCCUCGGGAAACUUUACGGCUUGACAGCAGACGAGAUGGCAGUGAUCGGUCAGGGCGUGCCGCGGGACAAGGACAACUCUGACACCAAGCUCGAUUGGACGGACGAGGAGAAGGCCUUGGCGACCUACAUCGCAAACAAGAGCACCCAAGUCUACAACUUUGCCAACGAGAUUUUCGUCCGACAGUACCUGGUGUUGUUCAACAACGAGGAGAACUUGAAGAAUGCUGUGGAGAGGUUUGAGGCCAUGAACCCAUGA